CGCAGUCAUGCAAGUCGGCCAUUUACUAACUAUACCAUUAUUUCUGCUGCUCCUGGGCCAUUCGAUGGGCCAACUCAGGAGGACGACCAUCAGUCGGCAGGUCAAUCAGAACAGGACCCAUGCCAAUGUGAAGGCGGAGAAGAUCGUGCUGGCGGCCAAGUACUUUCUGGUGGACAAGCAAUCCUCGCCAACCACGCAGGAGUUGGCCAACGGAUUCAAUACGGAGUACACCAUUCGCGUCUGCAUUGGAACACCACCGCAGUGUUUUAAUCUCGAGUUCGAUACUGGAUCAUCCGACUUAUGGGUGCCGAGUGUAAAGUGCUUAAGCACCAACGAAGCCUGCCAGGAGCACAACAAAUACAACUCCAGUGCGUCGAGCAGCUACGUGAAGGACGGAAAAGGAUUUAGCUUAGCGUACGGCACGGGCAGUUUGUCCGGAUUUUUGUCUACGGAUACGGUGAACAUUGACGGUAUGGUAAUCAGGAAUCAGACUUUCGCCGAGGCCAUCGAUGAACCAGGUUCAGUCUUUGUGAGCGCCACUUUUGAUGGCAUAAUUGGACUGGCAUUUGCGUCCAUCUCGCGCGGAAUACCCACUCCCUUUGACAAUAUCAUCCGGCAAGGAUUGGUCAAACGUUCGAUGUUCUCCGUCUACCUCAGGCGCGAUGGAACCUCGCAGUUUGGCGGCGAAGUCAUCUGGGGAGGAAUCGAUCGCAGCAUCUACAGUGGGUGCAUCAGCUACGUUCCAGUAUCCCUGCCUGCCUAUUGGCAAUUUACGGUCAAUUCGGUGAAGGUAAUGGACAAGCUGCUCUGCAUCGGAUGCCAGGCCAUCGCCGAUACUGGCACCUCGCUCAUCGUCGUUCCCCUGCGAGCCUAUGAAGCGUUCAAUCGCGCAUUGAAUGCCACCGAUAAUGGAGAAGGAGAAGCCUUUGUGGACUGCAGCACUCUAUGCCAACUGCCGAAUGUUAAGCUCAAUAUCGGUGCCUCCACCUACACGCUAACCCCAAAGGAUUACAUCUACAAGGUCCAGGCGGAUGACAAUCAAACCUUGUGCCUAUCUGGCUUUACUUACUUGGAGGGAAACUUAUUAUGGAUACUGGGCGACAUUUUCUUGGGAACAGUCUAUUCUGUUUUCGAUGUGGGCAAGGAGCAAAUUGGAUUCGCUAAACUGAAGAAGAAGUCAGCCUAUGCCAGAGAACCUCCUAGCUAUGGCAGCGAUUACUCUUCCUACGGCGAUGAAUACUCCAAGGAGCAAAUUGGAUUCGCUAAACUGAAGCAGAAGUCAUCCUAUGAUAUCAAUCCCCGCACUUAUGUUAGAGAACCUCCUAGCUACGGCAGCGAUUACUCUUCCUACGGCGAUGAAUACUCCAAGGAGAGAAUUGGAUUCCCUAAACUGAAGCAGAAGUCAUCCUAUGAUAUUAAUUCCCGCACUUAUGCUAGAGAACCUCCCAGCUACGGCAGCGAUUACUCUUCCUACGGCGAUGAAUACUCCAGAUUCUUCACUUGAGUCACUAAUGUCUCAAUUUUAGACUAGUCCACUGACCUUUCUUAUAAGUCUUUUGUCAAAACACUUGUAUUAUAAAAGAUGCCUAAAACCUGUAACAAAUAUUUGUC